CGCCACCGCCUUCUGUCACAUCAUUUUUCGCUCUCAUUAGAAUUUUUCGGCGUUUGGUGUUGUGAAUGUUGCUCGACGUGUUCAAAAUGUAAAUAAGUGAACAAGACGAAUAAAAUAAAAAGUAUUUCAUAUGCGGUGCAUCAGUUUAUUUCAAUAUGCCCCCUGUCAAUUCUAAAGCAAAAAAGAAUGGCGCUGAAUAUGAGAAUAUACUUGCUAAUAAAAGCACAGUGUUAGAUUUUGAACAAUACAUCCAGGAGAACAAAACUUUAUUGCUCAAUGAUCCUCUCAGGGAUAUACUCAUAUAUCCUACUGAUGAUGUCUCUAGUGUUGUUCUGCCGAGAAGAUGGAGAACGGUAACAACAGCUGUGCCGGAUGUAAGGACAGCAGCGACCUGUCCCCUGCUGACACGACAGGCACUACUCAGCUAUGCCUCCAGUUGGAACCUCAUACACUACAAAUAUAACAGCUAUUCUGGAACAUGUCUCAACUUGCCAAGAUUAGUAGACGAUAAAUUGACUGAAGAAGUGUAUGAUAUAGACGCGGAAAAUGAAAGUGAUAAUGAAGCUCAAGCAGCCAAAGUGGACAUUGGAACCAAAGAAGGGUAUCUACUCAAAGGACCCGAAAUCGGCUCAGAUAGAAUAUUUAGUAAUCUUGCCUCUAAAUCGUUCAAGAAACGAUAUUGCUCAAUGGUCAGGGAAGCGGACGGUGCCUACAUACUCGAAGUAUACAAAGAUGAAAAGAAAACAGACACCAAACUUACCAUCGUUAUGGACUUUUGUUCCGAUGUUGUUAGAAACACGAAGCGUGGACGAUAUUGUUUCGAGUUACGUAUGGCCGCAAAUAAAGGGUACACUUUUGCGACGGAAAAUGAGGAGGAAAUGAACGAAUGGAUAAACGCUUUCAAGGCUGCUUUAAAAAAGAAUAGUCAGGAAAAUAGUCAAGCAGAAGAAAUAUUAGACAAAGAUGCGGAUAUAUCUUUGACUGCGGAACCACCUCCUCCUACAUACGGGACCCUAAAGGGCUUGGAACAGAGCAUGAACCCUCUUUUGAUGCGGUACUCGAGAGAAACUGACAUGUCUAUAGCGGCGGCGAGGAAUGAAUCUCGCUCCAAUAUAUUCUAUUUGCCAUACAAACGGACUCCUUCACCUGAACCACAAUUAGAACCAUUCAAAGAGCACUUUGGUCAGAGAAUUUUGCUCAAAUGCGAGAGUUUAAAGUUCCGUCUGCAAGCGCCGAUAGACGGCGACAAGGAGCUCCUGUGCCAAGUGGAGCCAUACUACACGCACCUCGCGCUCUACGACGCCAGGAGCGCCUGCAAGCUCACCGAAGACUUCCACUUCGACCUCAACCACCCCGCCGUGGCUGACCUCACCAGGCACGCGGAAUGCACCAAGUCGCUGGUCGAGAACUUUAGUUAUGACGUCAAGUUGGAUGUCAAACAGAUAUCUGAGGAAUGGUUCAAGUCGAAGAAACAGGUGGUUUUAUCAGUAAAUAAUCCUCAUCCAGAAUUGUUCCUAGUUGUGAAAAUUGACAAAAUCCUUCAAGGUCACGUGAGCCAAGUCCUAGAGCCGUAUCUAAAGGCAACCAAAGACCCAAGGCUUGGCUUAAAAGUUCACAAAACAGUACAAGCGUACGCAAAUCGCGUCGGCAACUAUAGAAUGCCCUUCGCUUGGGCUGCUAAACCUUUAUUCAGGCUUUACAGUAAUGAUUUGGAUACAACUCCUGAAUUCCCCGCAAUAUACCGACAGGAACCUAAUAAGAUGUCUGAUGAAGAUUUGCUUAAAAUCCUAUCGGAUUAUAGAAAACCUGAGAAAUUGUCUAAACUGACCGUGGUGCCGGGCUGGCUCAGUAUCACUAUACAACAUAGCAAUGAACCUAUACCAAAUUGUAUGACAAGUUCUUACGCAGCGUUGAAACCUUUCCCACUACCGCCUGCAUUGCCGCUGACGUUGGAGCUGGCGACGCUGAACGUGGAGGCGGAGCAGCCGUACGCAGCGUACAUACACCAUUUGUACGUGCGACCUUUGUAUUUGAUCUUCGAGUCGCAGAAGCUGUUCGCUCGCGCGCGGAACAUCGCCUGCUCUAUUGAACUCAGAGAUAAUGAUACGGGGGAUAAUAAACCUUUACAGGUAAUAUACGGUCGUACAGGAAUGAUGUGUCAAUACCGCUGCUCCGUGCUGCAUCAUAACGCUAACCCGAGCUGGUGUGAUGAAGCCAAGAUACGGCUGCCGGCCACCAUCACCGCCAAACAUCAUCUGCUCUUCACAUUUCAUCAUAUUUCUUGUGAUUUAACUAAAAAAAAUGAUACUAACGUUGAAACAUGUAUUGGGUAUGCUUGGGUGCCGUUAUUAAAAAAUGACAAACUUAUUGAAGAAUUAAUAAAUCUACCAAUAGCAACGCAUUUACCGUCCGGAUAUCUGUCUAUCCAACCUCUAGGGCUUGGCAAAGGGAACACAGGACCAGAAGUAGUGUGGGUAGAAGGUGAGAAACAGUUGUUCCGUUGCCAACUAGUCCUCGACUCCACCGUGGUGACGAGAGACAUUCACCUGCACAACUUGUUCACUCACGCGGAGAGGUUGAUAAAGAGCAACUCUCCCCCCACCUCGCCCUCCCCGCCGCCCUGGGGUGACGUCACCAACGCACUCAAGUCCGCGCACGCCAUCAAACUGAGCUCUCUAAUUGCCUUCUUGCCGACAAUAUUCAAUCAACUGUUUGAACUUAUGACAGUUGAAAAAGGCUACUCUCACGACAUGGGAUAUCAGAUUGUGAAAUUAAUCGUCCAGUUCGUUCAUAUGAUCCAUGAUUAUGGAAGGAAAGAUUUACUCGACAGCUAUGUGAAGUAUGUGUUUAACUGUGUUGAAUUCAAAUUGCACACAGUGUUGACUGCGCCCCUGCACAUGUUUGUAGACCCGAAUCAACAAGAUUUCUUGCUCGGUCAAAAGUUUAUGCAGUAUUCAAACUUUUUCUUUGAUAUUAUCAUAAAGAGUAUGGCUCAGUAUCUUAUAAAUACUGGAAGGAUAAAGAUGUCAAGGCAUGAAAGAUUUCACGCGGAUCUUCUAGAAAACAUAGACAAAUUGGUGACAGUUGUUGAGCCAUCUUAUAUUUUACAACAACCAAUGCAGACUCACAUUUUUAACAAGAAUCUCGCAUUCUUCCUAAAGUCGUGUCUUUCGUUUAUGGAUCGAGGUUUUGUUUUCCGACAAAUAAAGAAAUACCUCGAUAAAUUCAAGUCAUGCGAUCCAAAGGCACUUUUCGACUUUAAAUUCACGUUUCUACAAACGAUAUGCUCACACGAACAUUUUGUACCAUUUAACUUACCGCUACAAGCUAACAAAAUGUUCAAAGACAGUGAUGAAGAUCCAACUAAAUUGAAGCUUACUGAUGAUUUUAUUAUGAGGCAUUUUCUUGCUGGGAUUCUUUUAAAGCAGAUAGAGCAGUCGCUGCGCGAGGCUCCGCAGAAGCGGCGCAGUGCGCUGGGCGUGCUGCGCGCGCUGCUCACCAAGCACGAGCACGACGACCGCUACCGCACGCGGCAGGCGCGCGCGCGCCUCGCGCAGCUCUACGCGCCCUGGCUCACCAUUGUACUCGAUAACGCUCAUCGCUUAGUGACAAAAUCUCUGGCUAGUCCGAUAAUAGAAAACGGAGAGGAUAAACUGGACGGAGACGCGACAACAACGUCUAUAUUGAACAGUACGCAAAAAGAUGUCACCUCAGCAAACAGCACGCCGAGACGAAACAGGCUGACUUUGCAUUUUGAUCAUACCCCUAUUAGAAAUUCAACACAUUUCAAAGAACCACUUAAUAUACAGCCGAGUAACAUGUAUGGAAAAGAUAACACAAAUAACAUAUCGCAAAGUUCUCUCGAGUCGGUGUCCACAAUGUCCGGCGGAGAUUCCUUACCAAGGAAUACGAAGCUGGAAUUGACCGAUAUUGGUGAUCAGGUUAAUCGAUUCGGAGUGAUGUCCCCCGAAGAGGUGCGCGAUGUUCUCUUGUGUUUUUUGUUCGUUCUCAAAUAUUUGGAUGAAGAUAGACUCAUUGAGUGGUGGAGGACUCACACACAAGCACAGCAGCAGUCUUUCUUUAAUGUUUUAGAAAUAUGUGCAGAACAAUUUCAAUAUGUUGGUAAAAAAAAGAUUUUGACAGAAUUAAAAGUGCCGACGCCCGAUUGUAAUGGGAAACCGAAGCCAGUGAAAGCGCGGACUUUACCAGCUAGAAUGAGCCCUCCCGACUUUUCAAAGGAACCUCCGAUUAUAGUGGAAAAGAAUAACACAGUAAAUAGAGAGAAUCUUGUCACUGCAACUGUGACCACGGAACUAGAAGCGAUGUCAGAGCACGCGGUGUUGACCGCGGGUUGCCUGGCCACCGAGGUGGGUCUGGUGAUCAUCGACCGCGCCUGCCUCUUCAUGAAGCAGGUGGGCGUGGCGGAGGGCGCGGCCGCCAAGCCCUAUCUGAAGCUGCUGCAGCUGCCGCAGAGCGAAACUCUGUAUAAACAUCUGUUUGCCGCACUCAGAGCUUAUAUUAAUCAGUUCUCGGAGACGCUAUUUGAAGGCGGCAGCUCGCUGUGCGCGGGCGUGGUGAGCAGCGUGGUGCGGCAGUGCGGAGCGCGCGCGGCCUGGCUGCGGCGCGAGGCGGCCGCCGCGCUCUACCUGCUCAUGCGCGCCAACUUCCAGCACGCCGCCGCCGGCAACCUCACCAGGGUGCAUCUGCAGGUGAUAAUAGCCGUGUCGAAACUACUGGAUACAUCGACUGCACUUAACUGCAAACGAUUCCAAGAAUCUCUUUCUGUCAUUAACUGCUUUGCAACUGGCGAUAAAGCUAUGAAAGGCACCGGAUUAUCAAGCGAAGUGGCGGAACUAAUGCGACGGGUGCGCACCGUAGUGGGAGCCCGAGCGCGCCUGGCGGGCGUCGGCGGUGCUGCGGGCUCAGGCGGCGGCGUGCAGCUGUCGGAGCUGCAGCACGCGCUGGCGGCGUCGUGCCGCGCCACGCCGCGCCUGCGCCACGCCUGGCUGGCCACGCUCGCAGACCACAACGCGCGGCACGCAGACCACGAUGAGGCUAUGUGUUGUCACCUGCACAUCGCCGCACUCAUAGCGGAGUACCUGAAGCAGCGCGGCACUCAGAGUUGGGGCGCGGACACCUUCGCUGACAUCUCUAUGAACAUACCACGAGACGAAACUGGACUCAAGAUAGACGAAGGUAUGAUUGACGUCCACUAUAAUGAACAAUCAUUAUUGGAGCAACUAAUGGUUUGCACGGAAUACGUCGAUAAGGCGGAGCGGUACGAACUGCUCGGCCCACUCUAUCGUCUCAUCAUACCGAUCUACGAACGUAAGAAGGAUUACCAAGCACUCCUCGCCUGCUAUCAACAUUUGACCAAAGCAUAUGCCAAAGUUAUAGAAGUAACAAACUCUGGAAAACGAUUACUAGGAAGGUUCUAUCGUGUUGCGUUCUUUGGUAAAGCUCACUUUGGCGAAGACGAAGAAGGCGUGGAGUUUAUUUACAAAGAGCCAAAGUUGACAUCGCUUAGUGAAAUCUCCGAGAAGUUGCAAAUGUAUUAUGAACAGAAAUUCGGCGCCGGUUCCGUCAAGAUGAUUAUGGAUUCAGCACCGGUGAACCGCGAUGAGCUGGACAGCAAGCUGGCGUACAUCCAGGUGACAUGGGUGCGCGCGGCUCCGGAGGGGCGUGCGGCGGCGAGCGCGAGUGGUGAGGGCGCGUUCGAGCGCGCGCACAAUGUCCGCCGCUUCGUGUUCGAGACGCCGUUCACUCGGGACGGUGCGCCGCGCGGACCUGUACACCACCAGCGGCUCAGGCUUACACAUCUAACAGCUGAAUAUUGGUUUCCGUACGUUAAGCGACGGAUUCCCGUGAUCGAGACUCAAGUAGAAGAGAAGAGUCCCAUAGAAGUGGCGGUCGCGGAGAUGGAGUCGCAGGUCACCGAACUCACGGAGAUCGUCAACGCGAAGGCGCCAGAUAUAAAGAAACUACAACUAAGGCUGCAGGGCAGCGUGUGCGUGCAGGUGAACGCGGGCCCGCUGGCGUACGCGCACGCCUUCCUCGACCCCACGCUCGCGCAGAUGUACCCAGACGACCUCGUUGACAAACUCAAGUCUACAUUCAAGGAGUUCCUAACAGUGUGUCAUUCAGCGUUACAACUGAACGCGAAGCUGAUCAGCUCUGACCAGGUGUCGUACCACGAGGCGCUGGAGGCCAACUACUACAAGGUGAGCGCGGCGCUGGCCGGCGUGCUGGGCCAGCCGCUGCACCACAUCCUGCUCAACGGCAGCCUCACCGCCACCCUCACUGGCGUCGAACUGGACUCCAGUAAUGCCUGAAUCUAUGCAAAAGUUCACUUUGGGGAAGAAUAAAAAAGCGGGGAGUUUAUACAAGGUCAUAAGUUGACAUCUAAGUUGAGAAGUUGCAAAUGUAUUACGGGCAUUUG